AUGGCUAGAAGGAGGGUGAGAUUGCACUACAUCGCCAAUGAGAGUUCCCGAAAAACCACAUUCAGGAAAAGAAAGAAGAGCCUUCUAAAGAAGGUAGACGAGAUAAGCACUCUCUGUGACAUCAAGGCCGCGGCAAUCAUCUACAGCCCCUUUGACUCUGAGCCGGAGGUCUUCCCAAGUCAUCCAGAAGUCCGCCAACUGCUGACGAGGUUCCGAGAUAUGCCGGAAAUGGACAAGACAAGAAAGAUGGUCGACCAGGAGACCUUCUUAAGACAGCGUAUAGAUAAAGCUCGGGAGCAGACCAAAAAGGUAAAAAGAGAAAAUCGGGAUAAGGAGAUCUCUCAGAUCAUGUUUAGCUGUUUGAAGGGUAAAAGCGUCUUUGACCUAGAAAUGAGGGAUCUGCAUGACCUCUACUUUAUCAUCGAACGCAACCUCAUGGAGCUUGAAAUAAAGAAGCAGGACAAGCAGGAGAAAAACCAAGAGAACAAGCUCAACCUUGUGGAAGCUGUACCAGCUGCGGCGGAGCUCGGCCGGAUGAUGAGGAGUGUAUUUGGAGAGGGAACUAGCAGAGGCAUGGAGUAUGAAGCAGAUGCAGUACCAAAUGAUGCAAAUGUAGUACCAAAUGAUGCAGGUUACGGCUUAGAUAUUGUAGCAGCAACCAAUGUUUUCAAAGGCGAUUUAGAGGCGAGCCCGGGGCGCGCUCCGGUGUAA